AUGUCUAAUAAGCUGACUAUUCUCGUUUUUGCCAUUUGCUUUGUGGGCCUAUGUGCCUCUGAAGGAUCUAGGCAAAGCUCAAAUGUUCGAAAUUCCCUUUCGAAAAUUGUUCCCCGAUUGCUAUGGAACUUGCAUCGCGGCGAUGAAAGUCAUAAGAGCAGCCCACCCGUUAUCAUUGUGCAGCAGCCCUCAGAUUCUGGAGCGGAUAGGCAUCACCAUCAACCCUAUCCUUUUCCAUAUAAUUAUCAACCUCAAUACUACCGCCCACCACAACCACAAAUACCACCAUUCAAUAUUCCUGGCCUAGACUUAAACUCAUUGAACAGCGGCUUAGGAACCACCAUUCUCGUCAUUAAUCCCAAUAACAUGCAGAACCUGAGCGUAUCAACAGGAACCAGCAACUCAACCGGUCGUAGUUUCAAGGGUCCUAGCAUUGGAGAUCUUUUGCAGGGUUUAAAUCUUGGUGAUUUCACUGACAGCUUCGACGAUGAUUCGGAAGUGGUCAACACAUCCGAUGAUGGUGAUAUGGAGGGCACGUUCAACAGUCACCAUGAUGACAAUCAGGAUCAAGAUGAUCAGGGUGCAAUCUCUGACGAUGAAUUCUCGCUAUUGGAACGUCAAGCCAGUCGUGGACUAAGUCCGAAACAAUUGCUAACUUUCCUCAUGCAGGACAAACGUCGCAGACGCAUGCAGGAAGUCCUGGCUGGCAUCUAUUUGAGAAACUAUAGUCUAAAUAGAAAGUGA